AUAAAGUACUGGUCACAGAAAUUAAAGUUGAUAACAAAGUCCAGAAAAUUACGAAAAUUAUGGAAAGUAUAUUAAAUAUUGUCAUUUUGCAAUUCGAACAAUGGUAUUGCUAACUUAAAUAAUAAGAUCCUUAGCCUCUGGUAUUGUAGAGAUCACAUUGCUCACAAAGAGCCCCAAUAUGCCCUGAAACACAAGAUUUAUCUCCUGGCUCCCAACCUCCUUCACAAUUUUUUGGUUCGUGGUAACAAUAUUCAAUAUUUUAGCUAUAUUUAUAAGCUCUCCAAUAAAAUGAUCGUAAUUCGAUCAUUGAAGACGUAAUCUAUUUAAUUUUAGUUUCAUCUUUAUAACUGCAGUUUUAGGCAUUUCUUGUCACUUAAUAUUAGUCUUAAAAUUUAUCACACAGUGUGCAUCCACCAGUAGUUUAAUUUAGAAACUCUCCUAAUUGACAUUGAAAAGUUUAAAUAUCUACCAACAAUUUAUAGUUAACGCUUUGUUGUUGAAUUUAAAAAGGUGGAUCCUUACUAUAAGUUGGGACUGACACAACAUUGCACUGAAUUGAAAUUCUAAGGGCCAAAUCCUAAGAAUAGUUUGGAUUCCAGUAUAUGA